AUGCAAGAAAACACCGUCAUCGCCAUAAUCAUCAUCAUCCUCUUCCUAAUCCUCGCUCUCAUCGCCUACGGCAUCUACAGACUCGUCCAGCAAGCCCGCGGCGGCUCCUCGACUAUCUCUGGUAGCUCUGGGAGUUCGGGAAGUUUGGCUGACGAUUAG